UGUUAAGAAAAUCUGUGUAGCGCACGCUCAGCGGCUGGGGAGGCAGAGGCAGAAGGAUCUCGAGUUCAGAGCCAGCCUCAGCAACAGGGAGACGCUAAAAGGAGCUGCGGAUGGGCUCAGUGGAUGAGUUCAAUCUAAAAGUCAAGCUGUGUGGAGGGGCUGGGGCUGAGGCUCAGUGGUAGAGCUCUUGCCUAGCUUGAGUGACACACUGGGUUCGAUUGUCAGCACCAUAUAUAAAUAAAUAUAAUAAAGAUACAUUGACAACUAAAAAAAAUUUUUUUAAAUAGCCAUGUAGAGAAAUUCGUGUCCAAAAGAUGGGAGAGGGUGCAUUUCUGAAAGAUGGAUGCUAAAAGCAGAGGUGCAUAAGCAUUGGGGACUGCAAAGAGUUUGGAUGAAACAUUCAGAGAGAAUAAGCUGGGGUCCGUGUGAACCCAGAAUGUAGCACUGAAAAAUGCCCUUUUUGGAGUGGUGUAAUGCUUGAAGUGACAAUAGCUUUCUUUUAUUCAUAAAAUAUCAAAUAUGUUAAGGAUUUGGUACCAACAUGUAAGUUAGAGGGGUCACCUGGGAAAACAGUUAUGGAUGGGGUGGCGAAGAGGGAAGCUGUCCUGGGGUGAGUUCAGUAGGGAGAAGAGGAGGUAGAGAUUGUAGGUAUAUGUGUAAUGGGCUCACUUGAUGCUUUGACUAGAUCCCUUGGGGCUUUGAAAUUUAUGUGUUUUGUUCUUUUUUCCAACCUUCUUCUUGACCCUCCUCCCUGAUCUUUUCCCUAACCUUCUCCUUCCUGACCUUCUCCUCAUCUUCUUUUCCCUAACUUUUUCCCUGAUCUUCUCCUUCCUGAUCUCUCUUCCUAAGCUAUCAAAGCAAUAUACCUUCUUUUUCCCUUUUCUCAAAACCAGGUCUUUGUUAUUGAAUUGACAUCUGGGACAAAGAACAAGCUUUCAGCAACAUAUGUAUGAAUUCAUUCAAAGAUAAAGUUCCCACUUAUGUGUAGUAGACAACUCUUGGAGAAUUUGGACUAUGAAAGGCAACAGAAGUGAGGUGGGAGGGAGAGGAGUAUAUGGAAUAAGGGAAGACUUUUUAGAAUGGAAGAUUUACAACAUGUGUACAUGCUCAUGGGAACAGUCCAGUAGUGAGGAAAAGAAGGGUAAUACAGAUGAGUCCAACCAAAGUAGCAGAAUCUUUGAGAAGGGAAUUAUAUGUAGUAGAUAACCAGGAGUUUGGUAGACAACAGCUAUGAGAAGUAGGAGAAAACUUAAGUAAGAACAUUGAAGGUCAAAAAAAAAAAAAAGGCAAUUGCUGGAAGAAUGCAAAGGAGGAGCUCAUUAAAGAGGUGUUUUGAAGAUAAAUCAAUAAAAAUUGUCAUAUAUUAGGUUGAUGAGGGGAAAGGAAGACAUUUCCUAGAUAAGGUAGUCAAGAGAAGAUGUUCUUUUGUAAAAUACAAAUAUGAGAACAAGUUUGAGCAGAAGUUGGUUUAAUACAAGUGGAAUGGGAAUUGCCUGUGAUAUAACCAUGUAGAUAUGUCCAGUAGACUCUGGAGCCCAAAAACUUGUCAUGUGGUGUAGGUUGGCCGUUUGAAGUCACGGGAGAGUGUGUGUGUUUAAUGUGAAAAGAUCAUGCCAACCUCAGGAAGUGGAUAGAAAGGAGACCAACAAAGCAAAUGGAAAGAAGCCCAAGAGAUUUCUUUUAUAGAUUGUUUACAGACUUUAUACUUGCUUUCCAGCUUCCUUGAGUAUUGUUUUCCCAGGUUUCUCUAUGACUGUCCUUUACCACUUGAAGAUAGUGACUCAUCACUUGAAGUGAAGCCUGGAUCACCCUAUUUAAAAUUGCAUCCAACUACAUAUAAACCUGCUCCCAUUCAUUCACUGUAUUUUUCUUCGUAGAACUAACACUGUAUAUUUUGCUCUUUAUUUUUAUUACAGGUAAACUACUCCCUCACUGGAAUGGAAGUUCCACAAGAGCAGGAACUUAGUUUGUUUUACUACAUGAAAGACCAGCAGUAUCUGUUGGAAAUGUUGGACAGCUUGCAAUAGAUCUAAUCAUUUCUACAUUGAACAUGCGUAAAAUUGGCUACUUCUAUACCGAUUGCCUGGUGCCAAUAGUUGGGAACAAUCCAUAUGCAACUGAAGAAGACAAUUCAACAGAGCUCAGUACAAAUGCUGAAGUAUAUUCAUUGCCUUCAAAGAAGCUUGUGGCUCUUCAGUUAAGAUCCAUUUUUAUCAAGUAUAAAUCCAAGUCAUUCUGUGAAAAGCUGCUCUCCUGGGUGCAAAGCAGUGGCUGUGCCAAAGUCAUCGUCCUUUCAAGUACUCAUUCCUACCAGCGCAAUGAUCUCCAGCUGCGCAGUACUCCCUUCCGGUACCUGCUUACACCUUCUGUGCAAAAAAAUGUUCAAAGUAAAAUACAGAGCCUUAACUGGCAAGAAAUGGAAAAAAGUCCAUGCAUCCCUCAAAUGGAUGAUUCUGAGUUUUGUGUCCGUGUUCCAGGAGGAGGGAUCACAAAAACACUCUAUGAUGAAAGCUGUUCUAAAGAAAUCCAAAUGGUGGUUCUGCUGAAAUUUGUUUCAGAGGGAGACAAUAUCCCAGAUGCACUAGGUCUUGUGGAGUAUCUUAAUGAAUGGCUUCAGAUAAUCAAACCAUGUAGUGUUAACCCUGCAACAUCUGCCUUGCCGUGGAAAAUUCCAAGUUCUUGGAGGUUACUCUUUGGCAGUGGUCUUCCCCCUGCACUGUUUUGAUCUGUUUCUUGUUUUAUACCUUAUUUAUACACUUAUGCCAGCACAACUGUUAUUUAACAGCUGUUAAAUAAUCUGUAUAAAGAAUGUGACUUUGCAAGGGUACGUUAGAAAAAGGAUGAGCAAAAGAUCUUUGGCUGUACUUUUCAUCACAUGUAACAAAUGUAAAUUUCAUAUAGUAAAAUUUUAUUUCUGGACUGA